UACUUAAUUUCGCAGCAGAGAAUUUAAUGAGUGUCAAAAAAAUAAAAAUAGGAAGCAUUGUUAGCAUUGAUUUUCCGCAAGCAUUUUUGCUUACUUUGGUGAGAUUUAUUUAUUUCAAUAAAUUAAUUGAUACAAAAAAAAAGAAAAAAGAAAAUGAACAAAUAGAAUAAUACUUAAUGUUAAUUAAUGUAUUGAACAAAAGUAUCCUGCAUAUCUUACUACAGUUAAAAAGCUUAGCCUUUACUUCGGGACUAAAAUCUUUGUUUCCUAGCUUUGUUGUAUACCGAUAUUGUUGUUAAAGUUAUUUCUGCCACUAGAUCGAGAUUGAUACAUUUCCGGCAAAAAAAACUGCUAAAUUUUUUCUCUUUGCAAUAAUUCGCUCGGAGUAGCAGAGCAUAAAAACGAAAAGCAUAGAGAUGUCAGAUUCGCCCAGUUGGCAUUUUACUGAUCGCCUCACCAAUGAGGAAUUUUCAUUGCUUCUACCUUAUUUAAGUAUGGAAAAUGUAUUUCUUACACAAGUCUUUGUACCGAGGAAAAAAUGGCUACGCCUUGUUGACGCCAACUUUCAGACAUUUUCAUUUAUGUGCGGAGCUUGCACAAAACAAGUGAAAUUUGAAAACUUCAAUCGGCACUUUAAAUCGAAGCAACAUUACAACAAUCUGCGAACUAAUAUUACUCAAUUAUAUCACCCAUUCUUCACUUAUGGAAAAGCAGAUGUGAAAUUGGCUAGGGGAGAGCAGGUAGCACAAAAGGAUAGGGAAGUCGCACUCAAGGAAGUUAACGGGCAAAUACGAAGUUUUAGUCGUGAUGCUAGUACAGCUAAACAUUUUGCGGAAGUAGUUCAGCGACGAGAACAGAAAAGCGUAGACGAUUUUCUAGUUAAUUUAAGUUUGGAGACAAAAAUCGAUAAGCCAGAGCAGAUGUUCGUUAAAGUAACAUUGCCGUUUGAGGAUUUGCCGGAGUUGUUGUUCUGUGCGACCGGAGAUAAGUGGCAACAAGUUAUUACUUGGAAGACAUUUACUAGAAAGGCAGCGUUCACGUGCAACAUUUGCACAGUACAUUGCAGCGGUAUAGAAAGCGUAAACUCGCAUCUCAAUGGUUAUACGCAUAAAUGUAAGCAAUUAAUUGUCAAGGCCUUACAUUAUGAGAAAAGCUCCAAAGUCACUAAGAAUUGUUCGAUUCAAAUUGUCGACAGUUUAUCAAUUUCAAUACACGAGAACGCGAAAUCUUACUUUAAAAGUGAAUUGGAAAGAUGGCAACAACCAGAAUCUUCGGACGAUGAAAGCAACGGAGAUAAUGAAUUUUUAAUUCCUAUUUUACCGAAUACAGUUUCUGCUAAAGUUACUACUUUGGAAGAGCUUGUAAAAAAGAUAAUUAAAAAGGCGGACAACUUAAUUGAUCGAAAGAAUGAACGAACUACCUUUUGGGGACAUAUUGGUGUUGAAUAUGUGUUAUGCGUCAAGCGUCAUGAAGAAGAUGCAUCGCCAACAUAUGAAUGCGGGCUUUGCGAAAUUCUGGGCAGUGAUGAGAAAAUCCAGCGUCACUUAUUAAAUUUUGAACACAUUAAAAAAUAUUUGGAUCUUCACUACGCAGACACAAUGCGAAAAUAUGAGACUAUUAUGGGUCAUAUGAAAUAUGCGGAAUUUCGGGCUGUCAUGGGAGAAAUUGUCAGAAGAGUAGCCAUCGAGAUUGAAAAGCAUCACGGUCGUAGUUUGCCAUGUAACGUUUCCUUUCAAGAUUAUAAAAACAAACGGCCUGAGUUGAUAGCUCAGGUUUAUGGUUUGUUACACGCAUCUCAAAAUCAUGGACCUUCUUUUUCUAAUGUUGUCUCAAAGCACGAUAUCGAGAAUAUUAAAAAAUCAUUUAUUGAGUCGGGAGAAGUUGGUCGUAUCACUUCGUGGAACAUCAAUCAAGGAAUUAUAUUCGCAACUACUCCAAGCGAAAAGGUUUAUCUACGUCAGAUAAGUCAUGAUCCUUUGAUUCGAAUGAGGGAAUACAACGCAAAGAUGAACAAAGGCCGUGGAAGGAGUGCGUCUCCACCGGUCUAUGAUAGAUGUAGUUCACCUCAUCGUCGCCAAACUUCACGAUCCAGGACAAUAUCUCCUAAAAGAACGGGCGGAGGAGCAUUCAACAUUUGGGAUAUUUAUCGCCGCGAAUUAGCCAACGCAGCUACCCAAAUAGAACAUACUUACGAAGGAUAUCGCACGAAUCCGGAAAGUCAUCCGCAGUAUGAACAAGAGUGGAAUGAAUUUUGGCAACGUCGUAAAUUGGACUUGGAGAGAGACGGUGUUAAUCAUCGCACAUACAAUUUUCAACCCGAAUGGGUUCAAUUUUUUAAGCAGCGCAUUGAGCAACUCUUUGGAGAAGCUUUACACAAAUCUCAGAUUACUAUUCGACGGAAAUUGGAUAUACCUUUGGAUGCUGAAGAAGACGACUCGUCACGACAUGAAGUUGAUCGUUAUCACAGGCAGCGAAAUGAAUACUCUCCAAAUAGAAUAUCUUAUCCUAGGGAGGAGGAGUACAAAGGUCACGUUAAAAGGCAAAGAGACGACGAUUAUAGCAACGUUUUGGUUAAUAAAAGACAAACAACUGAACAGUCUAGGCACGGUGAAGAUCGCUUUACAGUUUCUUCUAUAGCGGGAGAUAACGUUCAAGGUUGGGGGCAGUCAGCCGCUCCAGCUGAAAUUGCAAACAUUUCGGACAACCAUUCUAAUCUAGUACACGUUUUACGCUUGAUGACUGCUUUAGAGGAACAUCUUGGUAGUUUGGGUGGCAAAGUUAUGGAUUUACUUGCAAAAGCUUUGCAAUUGGAAAAGAAUUUUCACGGUUCCAUUGUAGAAUUUGAAGCUAAAAUAUUAACGCCAGCUACUUGCAAUUUACUCGAAACUGCAAUGGAAAAAUUGAAAGGCAUCCUUUUUGCCGGUCUCCUAGACGAUAAAAAAGUAGGUGGAUUUAAUCGAGUUAUACAGUACACCACUGAAUUACUGAAGUACGCGGAAAAGAUGGGUUGGCGACAAAUAGCUUUCAUGACAGAAGAACAAGCGCCGAAAUUAAUGUCGGAUAUGCAAAGAAAGCAUUCAAAUCGUCAACAAUCAAUGCCUAAUGAAAAGUCAUUGACAGACACUCUUAUGGAUUUAAUGAACGAAUCAAGCGUUGGCGGACCAGAAGACAUGGUUGCUUGUCCACCACCCCCGGUUAUCAGAAUGACGAAUACCGGCAGUUCGUAUACAUCAAAAAAUGAACAAAUUAGCACAGGAUCCAGUUUAGCGAAUUUCAGUACUCAGCUUUCUAUACCUCGCCAGCAUCAGCAGCAACACCGACUUGGUGGAAGUGGUGGCGGCGGCGGAAACGAUAUGUCAAAACUGUUGACCAGAAGUGGUCCAAUGAUGACAAGCAACAGUGGCGGAAAUAACUUGAGCAACAAUAACUUUAACAACAAUGUUGGUAUGAAUACCAACAAUACACGCUCUAAUCUUGGGCCAAGCGGCGGGCCUAGAGGGGGCAGUAUGCAAUACAAUAAUCCAUCGGCUGGUAGCAUGAGUAGUGGUGGUGGAUCUAGGCUACCAUUAACUAAUAAAAGCAUUCCUCAAAUUGGACAAGCCAAUCACGUCUCGUAUCUAGGCCCAAUGGGAUCGCGGCCUACAAACCAAGGCGGUUGGGGCUCUUGGAAUAAAAAAAAUUGAGAUUUUUUAACAUACUUCCAGCACCUUUCACAAAUAUAAACGAUUUUCAUGAUUUAAAUAAAAUUUAUUAGAAUCAUUUAACGAAUUUUGCAAUUUUUCAUUAGAAAAGAUUUAUUAUUAUUAAAUGAUUUUAAUUUUUAUUUUUAAAGAAGUCUUCAACGGUCAUGUCGACCUGGCUCGGACGAUAAUGGUAAGGAUUAGCUACUAGAAGAUGGUAAUAUUUAGAAAGUAAAGGGAGAAAGAGAGAGAGAAGACUAAACUUUCACUUCUUAUUUCCUGAGUAACUAAUAAAUGGAAUUUCAAA